AUGUCACAUAUUAGUCCACAGGGAAGCCAUGUCGCUGAAAUAGCCGGGGAGAAAGAUGAUAAUGUGAUUCUGGGAGCGACAGACGAUCAAAACGAUGAUACAUCAAGUGGCGAGGACAAGUCUGUCUAUCUUCAUGGCUGGGCGCUGAAGUCUCUAGCCAUGGCCCUGAUGAGUGCUGGCUUCAUGUUGUCGCUCGAUGACACAAUUUUGGCCACCGCGAUACCGCGCAUCACGAGUGAUUUCAACAGCCUCAAUGACAUCGGCUGGUACGGCGCCUCCUACCUCGUCACGCAGAUGUCUCUUCUCCCGACCUGCGGUCGUAUUUAUACAUUCUACGAUGUCAAGUGGUCGUAUAUGGUUCUAAUGCUGAUUUUUGAGUUGGGAUCUAUCAUCUGUGCCGUAUCACAGAACUCAAUGACGCUCAUUGUGGGACGCGCGGUAUCAGGCCUAGGUGCGGCUGGGUUACUGGGUGGAGCAGCGAUCCUUGUUUCAUACUGCGUGGAGUUAAGACAGCGCCCACUGCUGAUGGGGCUAAUAACGGCAGUAUAUGGCCUCGGGUCUAUGAUGGGCCCGCUCGUUGGGGGUGUCAUAACGGAUAAUGAGAAGCUUACCUGGAGAUUCUGCUUCUGGGUCAACCUGCCAUUCGGAGCGAUUGGGCUGGUUCAGAUAUGGUUCGCUUUAAAGAACCCUCCUCCGGCGGCCAAAGGAGGGUUACCUCCUAUGCAAAAGAUACGCCAGCUGGAUUUGCCCGGCGCUACUGUUUUGAUUGGAUCGAUAGUUUGUCUGUUACUCGCUCUUCAAUGGGGUGGUAUCGUUUACCCAUGGUCGAAUGCGAAGGUAUAUGGCUGUCUGAUUGGAUUUGGCUUGAUCCUCAUAUUAUUCAUUGUGAUGCAGAUCAAAGAUCAAAACAGUUGCACCAUUCCACUUCACCUGUUCCGGAACCGCACUACUUACUACUGGCCUAUAUACUUUCAGUCGGUCAAAGGUCACACUGCGAAAGACUCGGGCGUCCAAAUGCUUCCACUUUGCAUUUCGAGCAGCCUCUCCGCCCUUACUACUGGCUUGAUUAUAUCCAAGAUUGGCUACUAUGUUCCAUUCAUGUGGAUCGGUGCUCCUGUGCUUUCACUGGGAGCCGGCCUCUUCCAGCUCAUCCAUACUCAUAGUCCAAUUUCGACAUGGAUAGGGUAUCAGCUUGUCAGCGGGAUUGGCUACGGUAUCUGUGGGCAGCUCCCAAUACUGGCAGUACAGAUAGUCCUUGACAAAGAGGAUGUGCCAACUGGUUGCGUUCUUGUCAUGUUCUUCCAAUGCCUGGGGGGUGCCUUGGCAACCAGUAUCGGCCAGAACCUUUUCACUGACAAUCUACUGAAGAACCUACGCUCAAUCAAUGGCGUAGAUGCAGAAGCGGUGGUCGAUGCAGGUGCCGCAGACUUCAGGCGACUGGUAUCGUCCGAGCUAUUGGACAGCGUGAUUGAGGCAUUCGAAGCCGCAGUCAAGAAUGUGUUCCUCCUGGCUGUUGCGACUGCAGCCGUUGCCCUGGUUGUGAGUGUAGGUAUGGAAUGGCGUAGGUUACCUAAGGAUACGAAGAGUGACACCGGAAGUGAAACAGCGUAG